CAAUGGGCCAUGUUCGGUGGCGAAUGCACUUACGAUGUUUCCAUGGUGACAUUGUCGAACGCCACUCAGACAAGUCAUGAUUUCUGCUCCUCGAUCAAGUCCGAACUCAAGUGCCGACCCAAGGGACAGGACUCUCUGAGUUGCCACUUCCAGAACUCGCAGAUCUGGCCCCUCCACCCAGAAAAGAAGAAUUGCAUAUACGUGAUGGACAUGAUCAGAGCCAUAGUGAAUCAGCUGAACAUCGGCUUCGAGGUAUUGGAACGGCGCGACCAAUUCACCAUCAUGGAGAACUCGACGGAAGACUACUGCGAGGUCGACGUUACGUUCGUUCAUGAUAGCAGUGAAGAGGACGACGAUGACGACCGCGAUGAACACCAUGAUAACGAGGAC